CUUAUAAAUUCGGUGAAAACGCCGCGACACCACAUUACAUAUUCGGCGGCUGUUGGAGGCAGCUGUCCGAUCUGUGCAUCUUUCACUCGUGACACACCACCACCCGGCUCGACUCGCUCCGCUCCGCUCAAUAUGAAGCUCACGGUGGUAUUGAUCGGCCUCUUGAGCGUGUCAUCGUCAUGGGGUCUCAUGCAGAAGAAGAUGGACGACAAAGGGAAGCGUGAAGCCGAGAUCGGAUACCCGUCGUCGGGUCACUCGUCGCACACGCUGCAGAUCCAGCCGUCGCUGGGCCACGAGGAGGGGCAGGCCAUCAGCAUCAGCGCCGGCUACAGCGUGGGCGGCGCCAAGCCCGCCUACAGCUUCGCCGCGCCGGCGCAGACCUACCAGCUCGCGCAGCCAGGACCCUCCGCCGGACACCCCGGAGUACAACUCUCCCCUAUUGCCAUCCAAGGCGACCACGGCCUCAGCUCCAACGAAUUGUCGCAACUUAUGAGUCAACUCUCGCACGGUAUCUCCUCAGGAGCCAUCUCCUUACAACCAGCCGCGCAAUCUUACCAGGGCGAAGGUCAACUGUACCAGAGCGGAGGCCAACUGUACCAGAGUGCAGGUCAACUGUAUCAGGGUGGAGCGCAAGAGGCAUCAGGGCAGCAGCAGUACUCUUACGGAGCCCCCAAAUAUCAGUUGGAACUACAGUCUAGCCAACCAUCUUACGCAGCUGCGUCCAAGGGUCUUGGGUCGUACAGCUCUACCGGACCAGUUCUGUUCUCACCUUCAUCGGACUCUCACGGUAGUCAAGCGGCAUCUCUCAGCUACAGCGCUCCAAGCUCAGGUCACUCAUUCGGGGAUUCUAGCUCUCUCGCUGGACUUUCCCUUGGAAGCUCAGGUGGUUACUCUUUGGGUGGUUCUGGAGGACAUUCUCUCGGUGGGUCUAGCGGCGGCCAUUCUCUCGGUGGAGCUAGCAGUGGUCAUUCUCUUGGUGGGCCCAGCAGUGCCUUCUCAUUUGGAGGCUCUGGCGGUCACUCAUACGGAGGGCUUUCGUUGGGCGGUUCCGGACACUCCUUUGGACCCAUCAAAUCUUUUGGUGGUAGCUACGCUGCUGCACCCAGUAAAACUUCUUUCAAACCUUCAGCUUAUUUGGGUUCGUCGGCCGGUGACUCCGCUCACAGUAUUGCUGCUCUAGGCGUCUCCCACACUGUGCCUUCAUUUGGUCACUCGUACCCUGGAGGACACGGAGGUUUGACACUAAACUCUCUCAGCUCUGGCAGUCACGGACCUAGCUUUGGUGCAUCUUUCCCUGGUUUCAGCGAAGGUUCUUCUAAAUUACAUGGUCCUUCAUACUUACCUCCUAAAUCAGAAGGCUUUGGUUCCUCAUUGGAGUCCUCUGCUCUGGCUUUCUCAUCUGCUGGUCACGGGCACUCGUCGUCUUCCCCGGGUGCGUCGUACAGCCUGCCAUCAGGCUCGUACUUGUCUUCUGGAUCAUCCCACGGAGCGCCGUCUAGUCCUCAAUACUACAUUUCAUCCAAACACCCAUCGUCUGGAUCUUUCGGAGAAGGAAGCCAAGCUUUCAGGUCGCAUUCGAGCCACGGGCCAGUAAGCUCGUUCUCAGCCGGCCCGAAGUACAGCUUCGGUGGCCAGAGCCGGGGCGGACACAGCCACGGGCCCAGAUUCGCCCCGUCCAAGGACAUCCAGGGAUCUUACAGCGAGAACUCGUACAAUACCAUCAAGUACAGCGAGGAGCUCAAGCCGCGCGCUCGCUAAUGUUGUAGGAAGUUGGAAAGCAAUAUAAAUCUCAUCUGCUGUAACGCAAAGAGCAUUUCCUUGUAGUGUGCGUCUCGAUGUAGGAUGUGUGGCCGCAGAGCAGCGAAAGUGCGGGUGUAAUGAGAUUAGCGGUGCGUCCCUCGCUAACUACCUGCGGGCGGCGCAUGCGCGGGACUGAUGGCACCACGCAUCACCGUGUGACGUCACAUACUUACACCUACUACAUUAUAGCUUUAGGGAAUAUGUUAUUAAGUUACCAAAUUACUUUGCCGCCAUGAGAUUCUUCUGUACAUAAAGUUUUCUAUUAGUUAAGUUAGCUUAUUUAUUAUUCUAGCUAGUAAAUUUUAGAAAAGAACUGUUGUUGUUUGUAAUAAAAAUUAAACUGUU